CUCGAGUAUCAUCGAAGAAUUAAUCCCAACGCUUCUAUCUGUGUGGACCCACCUGUCUUUGUCUAUGCGGAUUUUGAAGCCAUGCUUUCUCCUGACAAAAUACAUCUACCUAUUCUCGUGUGUGCUGCCACCUCUCUCUCUGAUACUAUUUAUUCUUUCUAUGGGUCUGAUUGUAUGGCAGAUUUCUUGGCGUUUCUCACCGAAUUGACGGUGAAUGAGUAUGGUGAAGAUCAGGAUGUCAUUUGUAUCUUUCAUAAUCUGAAAGGGUACGAUUCAGUGUUUUUACAACACCAACUUAAAAAAGAAGGAAGACAUAUGGAAGACAUGGUGAAAACAGGUACCAAAGUCCUUUCAUUUGUUGUAGGACCUAAUAAGGCAAGCCUCCAUAUCACUGUUAUGUUCCGCCUCACAACUAUGGACGCUGAUGGAAAGGAAAGUACAACUGAGAAUCCAUGUGUCCUCAAGGAGCAUGUUAUCGUGAUCAGUGACGACCCAUUGCAGGAUUUCAACUCCAUGCAUCAUGCACAGCGGCUCAUAGGA